CUCGGAGUGGCUCCGGUGAAGCAGCGCAGCAGGAGGUGGCAGUAGUUUCCAGUUUAAGUUUAGUUAGCAGGAAGGCUGAGCUGUCAGAUCGGUCCGAGCCGCACGGAGAGCCCCAAAGGAUCCGAGAGAUGGAGGAGACGGGCGGCGGUAGUGCUUAUGGGGCUGCGCUCGCAGGAGGAGGCUUCGACUUCUUGAAGUUCGUCCGACAACCGCAGACAAUCGUGCGGCUGCUUAGCUGGAUUUUUGCUGUUGUGGUGUUUGCCUGUAUCACGACAGAGGGAUACAUCAACCCCGUCCACAGUGCUGAAGCUAAAUGCAUCUUCAACCAGAAUGACUCUGCAUGUCAAUACGCUGUGGGCAUCGGGGUGAUUGCAUUCCUGGCAUGUGUGGCCUUCCUGGUGUUGGAUAUUUACCUGCCUUUCAUGAGCAACGCACAGGAGAGGAAGUAUGCUGUCAUGGCUGACUUGGCAUUUUCAGGGGUCUGGACCUUCCUGUGGUUUGUGUGUUUCUGCCUGUUGGCCAGUCAGUGGAGUCGCACUCAUGAUGUUCGCAGCAUCCCUGAAGAUGCUGCACGAGCCUCCAUCACCUUCUCAUUCUUCUCUAUCGCCACCUGGGGAAUCCUCACCUACUUUGCCUUCGGUCGUUUCCGCCGUGGUGUAAAUGACGGCGCCAUCCCAACGUACACGGAGCCGCUGCCGGAUCACCACACCCCCUACCCUCCCACGUACGCCCCCACAUCCUACAACCCCACCACCUACAACCCCACCACCUACACCCCCUAUCCCAGCGGCAUUCCCGAUCUGAGCCAGCAGCCUGCCUUCACCCCGAACAUCCAGCCGCAGGUCGACUCCGGCUACCAGCCGCCCAACUACUGAGGCGAAGGGAGGUUUACGUGGAAGUGGUGUUCCAGGUCAUCUGUCGGUACUCUGACUGCAGCUGCACUGCCCUGGCAUGCAGCUAUAUCAUAUCGAUGUGGUUUUGUAUUUCAUGUAACACUCUUUUCCAACAUUUGAGAACCAGAGCAGUGCAGCUUCAGGUUAGAGAUGAGGGACGCUGCUGUUUACGUCGAAGGCUCUGAGAUCAGAUCUUAAGACAUCAGGCUGACUGUUGAGAUUAGAGCUGGUGGUUGAGUAAUCUGACCUUAGACCUGUGUGCAAAGACGCAACUUUUACCUCAAAAGGGCUGAUCCUGCAGGGGUAGUGGUAGAAUGUAUCGCACAAUGUGACUUUGUGAAGAAUACGACAACGCCAAUCAGAGAACACACGAUGCGUUUCUCUUUGCUCUGGUGGAACCUGAGGAUGUACAUUUGUACAUAUAUUUCACGGUGCAAAACUGCGAUUUUAAUGGUUGUAUGUGCCUGAUUGUUUUUUCUUAUUCGGUUGAGUGGAUUUUUCCUUCUCUGUUUGUUAAUCUUGAGAAUUAUUAACAGUUUAGUAUGCAUUGAAUUAAUUUAGCAAUUGGGAGUUCACUGUCAUGGGAAAAUGUAAAGUCAAAUGUCCCUAGUUAUAAUUUGUGAAGCACAGAGUGUGUUCACCAUAUAACCAUAAAAUCAUCUUUUGCAAAUAUUUUCUGUUAGGAAUCCAUCUAUACUGUCUAUAAUCAUUAAAACCUGCAUAUUCUUAAAUCUGAUCGUUGCAAAUGUAACAGAUUUGUGAAACCAGGUUAGAUGUGCCAAACUGAAGAGGUGUCCUUUGUACAUUCAUAGUCACCUUUACACUUUAAACUUUCAGAUCGACAGGAGGGAGGGGCAGGCAGAUAGCUGCACUUAUUGAACAGGUUUAUCCACUGAGCAUGUCCUCAUACAUACAAGUAACUCAUUAACUGCCGGAAACAAUACUUCUUCUUCAGGGCAGACUCGCACUUCCUCCGAGGACAUCAAGCUUUCUCAACACUGAUGUUUAUCUCAGGCUUUUCACUCUAAACUGUUAAAGGCAGAUUACAGCCAGAACUGAUCACACAUUAACGACCCAGCCUGUAAUUAUGAGAAUCAAACACAUGUCCUCAGAAAGACUGCUGGUUUGCUUUGUCACUUUGUGCCCUAUAGUAAUAUGUUUGUCAGUUUAAUACCUCGUCUGAAUCCAGUUCUGCCUUCUGUAGAUCAAAUGACACUGAGAAGUUGGCCUGACAUCAGUUUCGGCUCAUUGUUCCAAGGUUGCCACAGGGGUGUACGCAGAGUCUGGAUCUGUGGUUGUAUUUGUCAAACACGGUGUUGUUGUGAUAGUAGACUUGUUGAUAAUGUUUGUCCUUUAAAAUGUGCCCAAAUUGCUGAAGCCAAAAACAUGAAAAACACUGCUGUUGAUUUGUCAUUUGUGCCUCAAGGACAGAAAUAAACUUUAAAGUGGUUUUGGAAGGGAAAGUGAAUGAGAGUAAAAUGUGCCAUGAUUGAAUCUUGAAGUUAUACUUAAACAGCUGUGUAUCACAGCUGCCCUCGCUGCUGUGCUUGAAUGAUUUUUACUAAUUUUCAUGUUCUGGGAAAUCUGUUCUUAAAAUAAUAUUUAAAAUCAGUGAAGCUCUUUGAUGACUACCAGCUUAAAUGACUCAAAUUUUCUUCUUAAACUGCACCUGUACCAUUUCUAGCUUCAACUUUUUUGGCCUUAGAGGUAAAGAAAAGCUAAAAUGUGAUGAUUUACUUCUUUAAAGUAAAAAGUUGUCCACUUUUAAAACUUUGCUCAAAGAUAAAUAAGAAGUUAGACUAAUGUACAUUUCAUUAAGGUUCAUGUUGUAGAUGUGAGACCAGAAUGAUUUGUGAUGCCUACAUUAAAUGUUUUAUAAAAACUG